UAAGCAUGAAAAUUCUGUGACCUAUAUCUCGUUUGAUACCAAGGCAGAAAAAUGAAGGUUGCUUGUGUAUUUUUGGCAAUUCUUGCCGUAUGUAGCGCUGCGCAUGUGAUCAAACUGCGCAAGCAGAAAACCCUCCGUCAAUACAUGAAGGAGAAGGGAACCAGCCCAUCGAAGUACACCCAACACUGGGCAAGACAAACAUCGAACGAACCACUCACCAACUACAUGGACGCCCAAUACUUCGGCGAGAUCUCCAUUGGAACUCCGGAGCAGACAUUCACCGUCAUUUUUGACACUGGUUCAUCUAACCUUUGGGUUCCAUCUGCUAGCUGCCCAUCAACCAACUAUGCUUGCAUGACACACAACAAAUACAACUCCGCCGCUUCAUCAACUUACGUUGCUGAUGGUGAAGAGUUCAGGAUUCAGUACGGAACUGGCUCCAUGGUUGGAUACGACAGCGUCGACACUGUUAAGAUCGCCGGUGUCCCAUCCACCAGCCAAACCUUUGCUGAGGCAUUAGAAGAACCAGGCAUUACAUUUGUUGCUGCCAAAUUCGACGGUAUUCUUGGCAUGGGUUACCCCAACAUUGCAGUCAACGGCAUGAAACCAGUCUUCAACCAAAUGUUCGAGCAAGGAGCUGUUGACCAGAAUCUUUUCGCGUUUUAUUUGAACAGAGACCCGGAAGCUGCUGAUGGUGGUGAAAUCACUCUUGGCGGAGUUAACCCAGCAAGAUACGUUGGCGACUUCAACUACCACGAUGUCACUCGUCAAGGAUACUGGCAAAUAAAAAUGGACGGUUUGAGCAUUGCCGAUACAGCAAAAACCACUGCAUGCAAUGGUGGAUGCCAAGUUAUUGUCGAUUCUGGCACUUCUCUCAUUACUGGACCAUCCGCAGACACUGAUGCUAUUAACCAAGCUAUCGGAGCAAUCAAGUUUGUCCAAGGAGAGUACUUGGUUAUCUGCAGAAGAAUCCCAGAAAUGCCCGACAUUACUUUUGUAUUGGACGGUAUUGAAUAUGUGCUUACUCCACAAGAUUACGUUAUCCAGAUGACCGCUGACGGACAGACGCAAUGUUUGUCUGCAUUCAUGGGCAUGGACAUCCCAGAACCAACAGGUCCAUUGUGGAUUCUUGGUGACGCUUUCAUGGGCAAAUUUUAUACCAGCUUCGAUUUCGGUACCAAUCAAGUCGGAUUCGCCAAACUUGCUUAAUUAUAUACAAGCACUCGCAAUUGAUGCAAAAUAAAAUUUAAUUCUAAAA